AUGGCUUCGAAACGGAUCUUGAAGGAGCUCAAGGAUCUACAGAAAGAUCCACCCACCUCUUGCAGCGCUGGACCCGUUGGUGAGGACAUGUUUCACUGGCAAGCAACAAUAAUGGGUCCUCAAGAUAGUCCGUACGCAGGGGGAGUAUUUCUAGUCACUAUUCAUUUUCCUCCUGAUUAUCCGUUCAAACCUCCCAAGGUCGCAUUCAGGACAAAAGUUUUUCACCCAAAUAUAAACAGCAAUGGUAGUAUAUGUCUUGACAUCCUAAAGGAGCAAUGGAGCCCUGCCCUGACAAUUUCCAAGGUGUUGCUCUCGAUUUGUUCACUUUUAACGGAUCCAAACCCUGACGAUCCCUUGGUGCCGGAGAUUGCCCACAUGUACAAGACUGACAAGGCCAAGUACGAGCAAACUGCAAGGAGCUGGACUCAGAAAUAUGCAAUGGAUCUCACAGGUGGGAAGCCGGAGAAGGUGAAACCAAACACGGUGGUCCAAGCACGGCGGUCACCUACAGGAUUGAGCGCUAGAUUGCUGGCGUUCGCAGCAGCAUCGCCGAUCGUCCGAGUUCAACGAAAUGAUGUGGAUGGUUGUCGGUUGAGUCAAGGAUGUGUGGGCUUUGAUACUAUUAUUGUGUGUAAUGGCCACCACUCACAACCCAAGACUCGUCGUUCGUCGUGUUCGCAGUAG